GUUUGUCAACUUUCAUACGGCGCCUUCCAAGAAAACCAUCCACUUUUUCUUGAAAAUAAUUUUCCUUGGUCAAUCACGCGAUAUCUGACCCAGUCUGUAUUUUUUUCUUUUACAUUUCGGAAAGCUUCUUUUUAUGGAUCUGAUCCUACACAAAAACGAAAAACCCCACGAGCUAAGGAAUUUCCCAGAUUCAAUUCACCCGACACGAGUUCAAGAAUUCAUCAUCUUUUGGGCAUUUGAAGUAUUCCAGUUUGGCAAUAAAUAGAGAUUUUUUGGUUGUUUAUUGAAUCUUGAGGUGAUUUAUCGAGAUUCUUGGUUAAAACUCCAUGUUUGAGCUAUUUGACGGCUGGUCUUGCCGAAAACUGAGAUGAGUCGUUGAAGAAAGCUGUGAAUAUUUGGACUUUGAAGGUUUACUUUAGCAUUUGAGAAUUCGUGAUUACAUGAGUUUCGGAUUUUACUUCAUGAGUUUGCUGGGAUGAUGAUGAUAAUUCAAGAAAAAAUGGGUAUCAGAAAAGUUGUUUAUUGCAUUUCUUUUGUAUUUCUAUUUUUCACUUUAGUAACGGUAGCCAUGGAGAGCAAGAUGGAGGAAGAAGAACCUUUACUGGCGUAUCUAAUCUACUCUGGGGGGAUAAAUAAGGACAUGGCUGAAUUGUUAUGGAUACAUUGCAGGCCAGAGUUGAUACUUGCCCAAACAGCUCUAGAUCGUGAACUAUAUCUCCCAGAGCAAUGGUCGAGCUACAGUAAGGAACUUCUAAGUAUCAGGUCAUCAACCAAAGAAGAUCUCCAUAAAACUGUCAGCAUGUUGCAACCUCAAGUUAAGCAGAUCCUUUUGGAUUGUUUAAUGGAGAAAAAACUUACGUUUCUUAUAUCUGGAGAAGAGAGAGGUGUAAAAAAUUGGUAUACCAGGUACUUGGGAUUCUUCUUUCCCAGGUCUGAUCCAUCUAGACGCCGUGAAUUAGUUCAGACAUUUGGAGAAGCACCUGCUCCAUCCCUGAUGGUUUCAUCCCCUAAUCCAGCACCUUCAAUUCCAAUAACUCCUAAUGUUCAAAGUCCUGCUAGCCCUCCACUGCCUCCAUUUUUUCCUCCAGACUCCGGCUUGUCAAACCUGCCCCCUACAGCCGGUGAACGAUCCGUGGAUCCAAAUUCUUCUUCUGGUGUGGCAUCAGACAAGAAAAAGAGCAACAAGAAAACCAUUGUCAUUGCAGUUGUUGUGACUGCUGGGGUGACACUUGCCCUUUCUGUGCUGCUCUUUUUAUGCUAUCGUAGAUUCUGUGGGACUGGCUCUGCACUGGGAAGAAACGACGAAAGGCCUCUUCUUAGCUUAAGCUUAAGUGAAUAUUCGAUUGCCUCUCCGCAGAAGUCAUUUGGCCUGACAACUUCAAUAAAUGGAGAAAAUCUUGGUAAUCAGUCAUUUACUGGCAAGUCAAACCACAACAAAAGUGGUCACAGUUUCUAUGUGGAGUCACAUUCUAUAAGUGAUUCAAAAAUUGAGCUUCCAGUUGGAGCAAAUGCUGGAGCUGCUGUCAACUCCGUCAUGAAUUCAGCAGGUCUACCACCUGGAAUGUUGGCUACACCAGGACUGCCUCCACUGAAGCCACCACCUGGAAGGACAGAUCCUUCUAAGCCACCUGCAGGCAAUACAGUCUGUCCUGCGGCCCCACCUCCUGUACCACCGCCACCGCCACCACCACCACCUCCGCCUCUUAAUCCUUCAUUUGGUGGACCACGUCCUCCCCUGCCUGGACCCGCUCCUCCACCUCCUAUACCCUCUGGCAUCAAGACUGGUCCACGUCCACCACCUCUUCCACCUACUGGUGGCCCUCCACCAAGGCCUCCUUCCAUAGGCUUAAAGCCUCCUCGACCUUCGCCACUCGGACAGAAUCAUCCAUCAAUUGCUACUUCAACUGAUGAAGGAGAGGCUGCUGGUUCUAAAGCUAAGCUGAAGCCUUUCUUCUGGGAUAAGGUUUUGGCCAACCCUGAUCAUUCAAUGGUUUGGCAUCAAAUCAAAUCAGGGUCCUUCCAGUUCAAUGAAGAGAUGAUAGAAACUCUAUUUGGCUAUGCCCCUGCUGAGAAAAACAAGAAUGUAUUCAAGAAAGAGUCUUCAUCCCAAGAUCCUUCAACCCAAUAUAUCCAAAUAAUUGAUUCAAAGAAGUCACAGAAUUUAUCAAUUCUUCUCAAAGCAUUAAAUGUGACUACAGAAGAAGUAUGUGAUGCACUUCAUGAAGGCAAUGAGCUUCCAUCAGAGCUUGUUCAGAAUUUGUUAAAGAUGGCUCCGACAUCUGACGAAGAAUUGAAGCUGAGGCUCUACAGUGGGAAGCUUUCUCAACUUGGGCCUGCAGACCGCUUCCUUAAAGUCUUGGUGGACAUUCCAUUUGCCUUUAAGAGGCUAGAAUCCUUGCUUUUUAUGUGCACUCUGCAGGAGGAUACAGCAAUGGUAAAAGAGUCUUUUGCAAUCUUAGAGGCUGCUUGCGCAGAACUCCGGAAAAGCAGGUUGUUUCUCAAACUUCUUGAGGCUGUUCUUAAAACUGGAAAUCGCAUGAAUGAUGGAACAUUCAGGGGUGGUGCACAGGCAUUUAAGCUUGAUACCCUUCUAAAAUUAUCUGAUGUAAAGGGAACAGAUGGAAAAACGACGCUCUUGCACUUUGUUGUUCAAGAGAUAAUCCGUUCAGAAGGUGUACGAGCUGCCCGGGCGGACAAACAGAGCCGGAUCACAUCCAGCCUCAAAUCUAAUGAUCAACUUGAGGAUUCUUACCAAGAUUCAGAUGAGCAUUAUAGAAACAUUGGCCUGCAGGUUGUCUCAGGUCUGGCUGGUGAGCUUGAAAAUGUAAGGAGAGCUGCAAUAUUAGACCCCGACGGCUUAGCAGGAAUUGUUUCAAAGCUUAGUCAGUCACUUAUAAAAGCCCAAGGUUUUCUGAAUUUGGAAAUGAAGAAUAUACCAGAAGGAAAUGGGUUUCACCAGACUUUAAAAAGUUUUGUGCAGAAUGCUGAGGUUGAUGUUACGUGGUUACUCGAGGAAGAGAAAAGAAUAAUGGCUCUGGUGAAGAGCACAGCAGAUUACUUUCAUGGAAAUGCUGGGAAGGAUGAGGGUUUACGAUUAUUUGUUAUUGUUCGGGAUUUUCUGAUAAUUUUAGAUAAGGUAUGUAAAGAUGUGAAAAAUUCGCCAAUAAAACCAUAUAGGACACCUCGAAAAGAAAAUUCGACUGUGACACGUACCGAUCCCCGCCAGAAUCCUCCCAUUGAUCCUCGUCAGCGGUUGUUUCCAGCUAUCAUGGAUAGACGGAUGGACAGUUCUAGUUCAGACGAUGACUCCUAGUUGUUUAAUCAGAACAGGUAGUGCAGAGCAGCAGAGAUUACCGUAAAGGCGGAUACAGUGAUACAUUUUCGACUCUUUCCUUUGACUACUAUUAAUGGCGCUUCUAGCUGCAAAGCUAACCGAAGUUUCAAGUUUCAAUGUUGCAGGGAGGAAGACUUGAUAGAAGUUUCUUAGCUUUGCUUUAAUGGAGCUUCAAUUAUGGAUCAUAUUUAAUUUAUUGUAAUUGUUUAUUUUUCAUUAUUCUUUUUUGAGUUCUGUCCAUAUUCCUUUUUCUAUUUUUUAUUUUUUUUGUUUCCGUUUUUGAAUCGAACAAGUAGCCAGUGCAUUACUGGGAAUCAUCUGAAACAAAUGCUUAAAUUAGAUGUAAAAGGUAAUAUGUAUUUUGCUAAAUUCAGUGAUUGAUAAUUGAUUCAUGUAUUUUAUAAAAUGGAAUUUCAAUUU